GUGAGCAAGGCGAAUCGGGGAAGGCAGCGAUGGCUGCCGGCGUACCCUGUGCGCUUGUCACCAGCUGUUCUUCCACCUUCACCGGGGACAGGCUGGUUCAACAUAUUCUUGGAACAGAAGAUCUUGCUACAGAUACACCUGCCAACAAUGGUGUGAGAUUUUACCCCUGGACUAUUGAUAACAAGUACUAUUCUGCAGACAUCAAUCUAUGUGUGGUGCCAAAUAGAUUCCUCGUCACAGCUGAAGUCGCAGAGGCUGUCCAGGCUUUCAUUGUUUACUUUGACAGCACACAAAAAUCUGGUCUUGACAGUGUUUCAUCAUGGCUUCCAUUGACAGAAGCAUGGCUACCGGAGGUGAUGAUCUUGGUUUGUGACAGAGUGUCUGAAAAUGGUAUAAACCGACCAAAAGCUCAAGAAUGGUGCAUCCAGCAUGGCUUUGAGUUGGUAGAACUUAGUCCAGAAGAAUUACCUGAGGAAGAUGAUGACUUCCCAGAGUCUACCGGGGUAAAGAGAAUCGUACAAGCCUUGAAUGCCAAUGUCUGGUCGAACGUAGUAAUGAAGAAUGAAAGAAACCAAAGCUUUGGCCUUCUCAGUUCAUUGGCUGGUGCAAACUGUAACCUUGGGUCAACUGAGAACCAUCACACCGAACCUCAUUUGCCUGUAGGAGAUGGGACUGAAUGCUGCUUUGACCAUCAAGGUAGUGCUUCUAACACAACUGAUUCUCAGGUUGAUAGCAUUGUAGACCCCAUGCUAGAUCUGGAUAUCCAAGAGUUAGCUAGUCUCACUACUGGAGGAGGAAAUCUGGAAAAUUUUGAACGACUAUUUUCAAAGCUAAAAGAAAUGAAAGACAAAGCAGCGACUUUGCCUCAUGAACAAAGAAAGUUGCAUGCAGAAAAGGUGGCCAAAGCAUUUUGGAUGGCAAUUGGUGGAGACAGAGAUGAGAUUGAAGGCAUUUCUUCUGAUGAAGAAAACUGAGCUUCUUGUGUCUGAGACUGAAAUGAGGGAGCCAUAAGAACAGGACAACUCCAGCAUACAAGACUGUCCUGCAGCAGCACUCUCCCCAAAGUGAACUGCCAACCACAGAAGAGACUGUGACACUCUUGGUGUUUCUUUUAAGAUGAUUUUGUUAGCCAUUCUCUAAAGAACAUUGACAAAGUCCAGCAUGAAGAUGGGAAAGGAAGUUGGAGAAUUUUUUUCUCCUUACCACAUGAUAAAGGGAAUUAGGAAAACAAUUAGGUUAUAUGUAUUAGGGAAAAUAGAUUGGAAAAAGCUGUGAACUUGAUUUUGUAAAUUAAACAUGGCUGGAUUGAUUAAAAUGAAUGUUGUUUAAGAAGUCUAUUAAUGUUUAUCAGGUGCUUUGGGUUGGGGUUGGGGGCUCAUAUUGUCACUUUAUACCUAAUGCUGGAGCAUUGCUCAAAAUGGACAUUUGUAUUAAGGCAGUAAUAAGAACACAUGGAUUUCCCAAGACCUCAAACAUCAGAGGAAGUUUGGCUCCCUUCGGGGUAUCCUGAGUACUGGUAACUUACUCAGGACCCCUUGAAUAGCAAUCAGGUGAAGGAGUUUGUGUCUCCAUCACCUCUGACAGUUUCAAAUUGCAGUUGGCAUGUCCAUGUGACUUUUGCCAAGUAUAAUUCAUCAGUGAUCUUAAAGUAAAAGAGCCAACUCAAGGUUCAAGUUUGGUGGCCUUGUUUGGAAAGAUGAGAGUUAAUAGUGUUGGCAGGGCGGGUUGGGGGGUGGCGACAAGAGGGGAUCACAUAGAUUUUGAAUGUUUACGCUGAGAACGUCAGGUUUGUAAUAAUUUGGAGUUAAUGCAACUACAUAUAUUUUUGUAUUUUGGAACUCUCACUUGGGGUAUAAGAAGAUUGACGUCACCAUUCUGCUUCCUUACUGUUUAUAGAUUUAGAUGAUUAAGUAACAUGGAAUGUAGUUCAAAGGCCUAAGCAUACACUCUACUUGUAAUCCUCAAAAUGUACAUAAGGAACACUUUGUGUUCUGUCUGGAAGGCAUAAAGAACUGAAAGAAA